UCUUCACAAGAAAAGACGCACGGACAUGAUUACGCUGGUGCUAAAGAAUAGGGCCGUAUUUUGAGUUAGAUUUUCAGGUGUUUAAGACACACGAAAUGCACGUUAUUCAGUGUGCUGUUUAAGAUUUGGACACAUCGUUUCAAUAUUCGCGAUGGGGGACAGAAAACCGCGACGCAAACUGGAGCGCUGGUGUAUCAUUCUUUGCCUAUUUUUUAUAUUAUGCGUCGAACUGAAGGUUUCAGCUCAGAUAAGAUACUCUAUUCCAGAGGAGGUCAAAGAGGGAGCCGUUGUAGGAAAUAUUGCUAAGGAUUUGGGUCUUGAUGUCGGUCUGUUGGUGGACAGGCGAUUUCGCAUCGUUUCUGGAUCUAAGGAUGCCCCUUUCCAGGUAAAUCUGAACAACGGCGCGUUGUAUGUUCAAAACAGAAUCGACAGAGAAGAGCUUUGUGUCGACAAUAACGCCUGCCAAGUCAAUCUGAAAAUUGCUAUCGAAAACCCCCUCGAAAUUCAUUACGUGGGCGUGGAGAUCACGGACAUCAACGACCAUGCGCCCGCUUUCCCCGAGAAAGAACAGAGUUUAAAGAUCGCAGAAAACACUUUAACCGGUGCUGACUUUCAGCUGCUAGCAGCCCGCGACCCAGAUUCAGGAUCGAAUUCCCUUCGUACAUACAAACUGAGCCACAACGAGCAUUUUGAACUGGAAGUCAGAGACGGCGGAGAGGAUAACAAGAUCCCUAUUCUCAAGCUGCAGAGAGCCCUCGAUAGGGAGCGACGCGGUGAUCACCAUUUAGCGUUAACCGCCCUCGACGGUGGAAAUCCACCGAAAUCCGGCGUUAUGAACAUUACAAUAACGGUGCUCGAUAUUAAUGAUAACAGGCCGGUGUUCACUAAAGACGCGUACACCGUGACCAUCACUGAAAAUCUUCCCUUAGGGAGUCUGAUACUACAAGUGAACGCCACGGAUGCUGAUUUGGGGUUAAACGGUGACGUGCGAUAUUCUUUUGUAAGCAACCUGAAGAAAAAGGUUUACGAUACAUUUAAAAUAGACAGCGAUACAGGGGAAAUUCGCGUUAUAGGUGAUGUUGAUUUCGAAGACACUGAAAUAUACAGAGCGGACGUCACGGCCUCGGACAGCUCAGAGUCCCCCAUGACGACAAACUGUAGAGUUAUUAUAAAAGUAACAGAUAUAAACGACAACAAACCAGAAAUAGAGGUCACCUCUCUGUCUAAUCUAGUAGCUGAGGAUUCCAAACCAGGAACUGUUAUUUCGCUUAUUAGUGUAUCGGAUAGAGACUCGGGGGCUAACGGGAAAAUAGUCUGCAGUCUCUCCGAGGGGAGUCUGUUUGAGCUAAAACCUUCUUUUCAGGAAAACAUGUAUUCGCUUGUGACGCAAAAGGCUUUAGAUCGGGAGCUGGUUACUCAUUUUGACAUUUUAUUAACUGUUACUGAUCUAGGGCAGCCUCCUCUGUCCUCAGUAAAGACUUUAAGCAUUGAGGUUUCUGACGUGAAUGAUAAUAAACCAGAAUUUCCUCAGAAUCCCCUUGAGCUUUUUUUAUUCGAAAAUAAUCCACCCGGCGCGUCGGUUUUUUCGGUUAGCGCGCAUGACAAAGACACAAACGACAAUGCUGUCGUUUCAUAUCAUAUAAUUCGAGGUGAUGGAGCAAAAGGCGAUUUAUCGUCAUUCCUCAAUGUCAAUUCUGAAACCGGAGCUAUCCAUGCGUUAAAAAGUUUUGAUUUUGAAACGAUGAAAACUGGACAAUUCCAGGUUCUCGCCACAGACUCUGGAGCUCCGUCUCUGAGCAGUAACGUGACAGUGAACGUGUUCAUUCUGGAUCAGAAGUCACAUCAGCUCCUGCUGGCCUGCCAGAAUCACUUGAAAUCUCAAACCAUGGCUUAUCCUUUGGAGUUCUUCAGCUCUGCACCUGCUCUGACUGAUGAGUCCUCUGUCUUACUCUGGUGGUCGUCUGCACCACACUGGAGUCUCCUCACUCUGCCUACACUGCCAUGCCACCCCACUCUGCCUGCACUGGCUGCUCUGCCUACUCCCAGGGUUUCUGCCAGGUGCCCUGCUUUGCCUCUGUCCUCAGCUCUUCACUGGACCUGGCCCACGUCCCUUGCCCUGUUCUGCUACACUACCCACUCCUGGACUUGA